AUGACGGCCGAGCUGCAGGCCCCGGGAGGCGGCGGCGGCGGCGGCGGCGGCGGCGCGGAUUGCCAGAUGCUUUUAAACCAGCUGAAAGAGAUCACGGGAAUUCAAGAUUCGGCUUUCCUUCACGCGGCUCUAAAGGCUGCUAAUGGAGACCUAAUGGAAGCGGUCACCUUCCUGACGGAGGAGCAUGCUCAGGAGCCGGCUCAGGACGCGGCUGCUGCAGAGCCGUCCGCUUGGGAAGGGAGCGCUGUGGGCAAGCAGCUCCCACAAAACGUUGCUCCUGCGCUUACCCCUAACAACAAAGACGACGUCCGCGCAGUCGACGCCUUCAGACCGCUGGAAUCGCCGAAAGCUCAGGCUGCAGAAAGAGAUGCUGCAGAAAGACCACAGGAAGCGCAUCCUGCUGAAAACAAAAAUCGCUCCAAAAGGAAACGCUGUGAAGUCUGGGGAGAGAACCCCAAGCAGAACGACUGGAGAAGAGUGGGCGACUGGCCCGUUGGAAUGAAAAAUAUCGGAAAUACGUGUUGGUUUAGCGCGGUCAUACAGUCUCUGUUCCAGUUGCCGGAAUUUCGGAGGCUGGUCCUUGGGUACUCGCUCCCGCAAAACGUGCUUGAAAGUUGUCGUAGUCGCACUGGGAAAAGAAAUAUUGCGUUCAUGCAAGAACUUCAGUGUCUAUUUGCUUUAAUGCUGGGGACACGUCGUAAGUUUGUAGACCCUUCCGCGGCACUGGAACUCCUGAGGGAUGCGUUUAGAUCCGCUGAAGAACAGCAGCAAGAUGUGAGUGAAUUUACGCACAAACUACUGGACUGGCUGGAGGAUGCGUUCCAGCUUGCUGUGAAUGUCAAGAGCCCUGGGGACAAAUCUGAAAACCCAAUGGUACAGCUUUUCUAUGGGACUUUCUUGACUGAGGGUGUCCACGAGGGCAAUACUUUUUCCAAGAUCGAAACCUUCGGUCAGUAUCCCCUUCAGGUAAAUGGUUAUCGAAACUUGAAUGAGUGCUUGGAAGGAGCCAUGGUGGAGGGAGAGAUGGAUGAGGCGACAGCAUCUCAGUCAGUGAAGUAUGGACAGGAGCGCUGGUUUACAAAACUCCCACCAGUACUGACCUUUGAACUCUCCCGAUUUGAGUUCAAUCAGUCACUAGGACAGCCAGAGAAAAUUCACACCAAGCUAGAAUUUCCCCAGACUAUUUAUAUGGACAGGUACCUCUACUGCAGCAAAGAGCUUAUUCAGAUGAAGAGAGAAGAAAUGAAGAGAUUGAAGGAGAAAAUGGUGAUUCUGCAGCAGAAACUGGAAAGGUACAUGAAAUACGGCUCCGGCCCAGCCCGCUUUCCGCUGCCCGACAUGCUCCAGUACGUUCUCGAAUUCAUCGCUACAAAGCCAGCUGUAGUUGUUUCUUCUGCUCAGGGCUCUCAGACAACGCUCCUGCAGUCCCAAGCCGAGCCUCAUGUUUUGGACGUGCUUUCACAGCCGAGUGGCGUACUAGAAAAGAAGGAUACUCGGACUGAAGAUGGAGCUUUCUUUUUGGCAAACUCUUCGCCCCAGCAAAAAUCGAGUACACCGCUCCAGCCUUCUGGUUCGCCGGCAGAAAUGUCUGAACGUCCAGCUCCUCACGUAGUUUCCGAGGAAGAGCUGAACCUUGUUCGGACCUGUCUACAGCGAUGGAGAAACGAGAUAGAACAAGACGUGCAAGAUCUGAAGGAGUCUAUUGCCAGAAUCAGCCUGUCCAUUGAACAAAUGUACUGUGACCCUCUCCUCCAACAGGUUCCCUAUCGUUUGCACGCAGUCUUGGUACAUGAAGGGCAAGCAAAUGCUGGUCACUACUGGGCCUUCAUAUACGACCAGCCUCGAAAAAGCUGGCUCAAAUACAACGACAUCUCAGUGACAGAGUCAUCGUGGGAGGAACUGGAGAGAGAUUCAUUCGGCGGCUUGAAGAACGCCAGUGCCUACUGCCUGAUGUACAUAAGCGAUAAGGUGUCUCGCUUUGUUGCAGACGGGGACGACGGCUCAGAGGUUGGGCAGUUUCAGAAGGAAGUCGAAGCCUUGCCCCCAGAGCUGAGGCACUACAUCCAGGAGGACAACUGGCGGCUCGAGCAGGAGGCAGAGGAGUGGGAGGAGGAGCAGUCUUGCAAGAUUCCUCAGAUGGAGCCUUCGCCUGCUUCUGAAUCGCAGGACCUCUCUUCUGAAUCAGGACCAGAUCAGUCUUCGGUCUGCGAGCAGAGCGUGCGCUCCCUGUCCUCCGAACACGCCAUGAUCGCCAAGGAGCAGACUGCCAAGGCCAUUGCAAACACCGCCGACGCCUACGAGAAGAACGGCGUCGAGGCAGCUCUCUGCGAGCCCAAGGAGGUAGAGCCAGUGAAGGCCCAACCGGGAGAAACAGCCCUUACAGUUCAGGCAGAGCAACCACAGGACGCUAAGGAAACAGAGUCUGCUGCCCAAACUAGCUCACAGGUCUCGGAAGUGGAAAUCCCCAGUGUGGGGAAGAUUCCCGUUAGAUCCGAUGCAGACGGAUAUAAUGAGGAGGUGAUGCUGAGUCCAGCCAUGCAAGGUGUCAUCCUGGCUAUUGCAAAAGCCCGCCAGACCUUUGAUCGAGACGGGUCUGAAGCAGGGCUUGUGAAGGCGUUCCACGAGGAGUACUCCCGGCUCUACCUGCUUGCCAAAGAGACCCCGACCCCUCAGAACGACGCCCGGUUGCAGCACGUGCUCAUUUACUUCCUGCAAAACAACGCUCCCCAGCAGGUGGUGGAACGGACCCUUCUCGAGCAGUUUGCCGACAAAAACCUCAGCUACGAUGAAAGGUCCAUCAGCAUUAUGAAGGUAGCGCGAGCAAAGCUGAGGGAAAUUGGCCCUGACGACGUCGAUAUGGAGGAGUACAAGAGAUGGCACGAAGACUACAGUCUUUUUCGCAAGGUGUCAGUUUACCUGCUGACGGGGUUGGAGCUGUACCAGAAGAGAAAGUACCAGGAGUCGCUCACCUACCUGGUCUACGCCUACCAAAGCAACACCAAGCUGCUGCUGAAAGGAGCCAACAGGGGAGUGAACGAAUCGCUGAUCGCCUUGUACCGAAGGAAGUGUCUCCUGAAGCUGAACGAGGUGGCAGCGUCUCUGUUCGUAAGUUGUGAAGAAGCCCGCGUGGCAGAGGGCAUCAGCAUCCUGAACGAGCUGAUCAUCCCCUGCAUGCACCUCAUGAACAACUUUGAGGUCUCCAAAGAGGACCUGGAUGCCAUCGAGGUCAUGAGAAACCGCUGGUGCUCCUAUUUGGGACGAGAAGACAUGGACGCAAAACUGCAGAUGAAGCUGGGCGAAUUACUGCCCCGGCUCCUCGACUGCUCCACCGAGGUCAUCGUUCUGAAAGAGCCCCCGAAGAUCCGGCCCAACUCCCCCUACGACCUCUGCAGCCGGUUCGCAGCCGUGAUGGAGUCCAUUCACGGGGCCUCCACUGUGACUGUGAAAUAGACGGCGGGCUCCCCGCCCCGGCGUGGUGCGGGCGCUGCAGACCGCCCGCCGGCCCGGCGUCCUCCCGUCGGGCAGCGUUCGAAAGGGAGAGGGAAGAGAAGGGGCGGUUCGGAUUCGGAGCUGUGUUCCUUGUAAAUACGAGCGAAUAAAAAGCAGUAUUGCACUUUUGAGAGAAAACGUUACGCGGUAGCGCGAAGGACCCGGACCGCUGUUCUAGCCGGGCGCGCCGGGUCCACUGGCAGCGCCGUCUGCCGUGGGGUCGCCAGGCCAUCUCAGGAGGUUCUCCCGGUUUGGCAGCUUCCUAGCCACAGAUCCCUGGGCCCGUGAUGGCAGCAGAGCCGAGAGACCGGGUCCUCUGGUGAGCCGGGCUACGAGCCGCCGUGGAUCCGUCAGAUGCAUUUGUGUCUUCCCGAACGAUUAGCUGCCGGAGGUUAGGCGUUCAGAUCUCGCCAGGCUCCCGCUAGCAGGGGUCCGAGCUGCGCGACUGGGAAGCAGAGAGGAGCGGUGGCCGACGCGCGUUUUGGUCAGGUCAGGCGGGCGCUUGCCUUUCGUGUUUUUAAGUGGCGAAGGAGAACGUGCGGGGGGCCUUCCUCUGAGGAAGGCACGAGCAAAUGGUGGCAGCGACAAGGGACGGGACGGUAAAGGUUGUCGCCCGCCCGACUGUGCCACAGCGAUAGCUUCCCGGCUAAGGCAGAUCGCGCGCCGCGAAGGACCGAGAAGGCGAACUUCCUUCUCGCCUCUGGCGGGUUUUCAGUGCCGGAUUAGUGUUGACGACAACUGCGAGGGCCAGAAUCGGCUCCCUUUUUUGGUGGUGGUGGGUUGUUUUUCGGUUUUGGGGUUUUUUAAUUGACUUUCUAUUAAAAAAAAAAAAAAAACAAAAAGUGCUCCGUUUGGAUUUCCGUUUGCGGGCAGCCUGUACGUGCGUUUGAGCUGCGGCAGUUGUUUUAAACCAAAUGUUCUCAG